ACCUCCUUUCCAUUCCCGCCAACUAUUUAGACCUACACAACCAUUACUCAUUUAACUAAUCUUUUUCGUUUUUAAUGUGAAUUAAGUCAGUUAGUCAAGAUAACAUGUCUGUCUCAUUACAUUUGAGUUUAAUUUUUAUUUUAUAAUGAAAAACCUUCUUCACAAUUACUGAAAUCCCAAUCUCAUCAACCAUCCCGGCACACCCAAGCACCCAAACGACGGCGUAUUGGGGUCCCUUGGAAGCCAAAUAAUCGAAAGAUAUCAACUUUGUAAUCAUAUGAUUAAGACCCCUAAUCAGUUGGGUGCAAUUAUUACAUUUAUUUAGGAUUAGAUUAGACCGGCAAACGCUGCUGUGUCGCCUCGUCAGCACUUUUAUUAUUCCCGCAAAGGAAAUAUCAAUCCAGUUGAAUAAAGCAUCUCAUUUUCUCAGGGGGCUUUCGUCAGUUUUGUUGCUUACUUGAAACUUGAAAGCAUUGCAUAGGUAGGCCUUUGUCCUUUGGCCUUCCUCUCUCUCUCCUUUUAUCUUCGCCAUUUUCACAAUUUUCUUCAAGCUUCAGUCUUAUUCUUCUGGGUAUCAUAGUAGUUAAGUAGCAUUUGAGAAUGGAGAGCGGAUCCGAGACCCAGAUGGAUUUGAACAACAACACUUCUCAUCAGAAUGAUCACUCUAUCAUGGAGAUGGGAUCUGGGAAUUUCGGGUGCGCCCAUUAUAGACGGAGGUGCAAGAUCAGAGCACCUUGCUGUGAUGAGAUAUUCGAUUGCAGGCAUUGCCAUAACGAAUCCAAGAAUACAUUGGAAGUUGAUCCUCUUGAUCGCCAUGACGUUCCUCGCCAUGAUGUGAAAAGGGUCAUCUGCUCCUUGUGCAAUACAGAACAAGAUGUUCAACAGCACUGUAUCCAAUGCGGCGUUUGCAUGGGGAACUAUUUUUGCCCCAAAUGCAAGUUCUUUGAUGACGAUGUUUCGAAAAAACAAUACCAUUGUGACGAAUGCGGUAUCUGCAGAACUGGAGGCGAGCAGAAUUUUUUCCACUGUAACAAAUGUGAAUGUUGUUACUCAAAAGUGUUGAAGGAUUCACACAAUUGUGUGGAGAAAGCAAUGCAUCAUAAUUGUCCUGUGUGCUUUGAGUUUCUUUUCGACACAAGGGCAGACAUUACUGUCUUGCUAUGUGGACACACUAUACAUUUGGAAUGUGUAAAAGAGAUGGAGCGACAUUGCCAGUAUUCAUGCCCGGUUUGCUCAAAAUCAUAUCGCGAUAUGUCCCGUGUGUGGGAAAAACUUGAUCAGGAGAUUGCUGCAACUCCCAUGCCUCAAAUGUAUCAAAAUAAGGUGGUUUGGAUCCUCUGCAAUGAUUGUGGGCAAACAUCAGAGGUAAAUUUCCACAUUGUAGCACACAAGUGCCUGAAAUGCAACUCCUACAAUACAAGGCAAACACAAGGAGGGCCAGCCUCAUGCUCAUCAAGGAUUACAGAUAUGGUGAGAUGAAUGAGUUCAAUACAUCAAAAUUUGUGAUGUAUUACUUCCUAAAUUGUAUCACAAAAGGAAGCUUUUAGUUGUGGCAAAGGAGGGAAAAUUAGUAGUGCCAGUCCCUUUACUAGUUUCUUUGUAGGUUUAAUUGUGCAAAACAUUGGCUCAUAUUUGAGCCAAUUUCUAUAUGCCACGUAGGGUCAGCAGGUUGUAUUUGAAAGUAUGGGAAAACAUUGUAUGAAGCUUCAUCAAUGGAAAAUGUUUCAACAUA